CUAUGAGUGUGGUACCGAAUGCGUGGGCAAGUGUGGGCGCAUUGCGAGAGUUCCCUAUAAAAACAGCGAUUGCAAAGUGUGUUGCGUGUGAGCUAUCCAGUGCUGUGUUGAGCGCUGAUAGUACCUCUGUUCAUUUUCUGUAGUACCACCACGAAAAGAUAUCACUGAAGGGAACUCUUGUCUAUGGUUCAUACUGAAGCUUCCAAGAUGUCUCGAACCGACGAGGUGCACCGUAUAACGGAAAACGUCUACAAGUCCAUCAUGGAGCAGUUCAACCCCUGCCUGAGGAACUUUGUGGCCAUGGGGAAGAGCUACGAGAAGGCCCUGUCCAGUGUGACAUUUGCUGCAAAGGGCUACUUCGACGCUUUGGUGCGGAUGGGCGAGAUGGCCAGCGAAAGUCAAGGCUCUAAGGAUCUUGGGGACGUGCUGUUUCAGAUGGCUGAGGUCCACAGGCAGAUCCAAAUGCAGCUUGAAGACAUGCUCAAGUCUUUCCACAACGAGCUGCUGACUGAGCUGGAGAAGAAAGUGGAGUUGGACGCCCGCUAUCUGAACGCGGCGCUGAAGAAGUACCAGACGGAGCACAAGAGCAAAGGGGAGAGUCUGGAGAAGUGCCAGGCUGAGCUGAAGAAGCUACGCAGGAGGAGCCAGGGCAGCAAGAACCCUGCAAAGUACGGAGACAAGGAGAUGCAGUAUGUGGAGGCCAUCAGCGGUAAACAGAGCGAGCUGGACAGCUGCAUCUCCGAGGGCUACAAGACAGCGCUCUCUGAGGAGAGGAGGAGGUACUGCUUCCUGGUGGACCGCCAGUGCGCCGUGGCCAAGAACAGCAGCGCCUACCACAGCAAGGGUAAAGACAUGCUGGCCCAGAAGAUUCCCAUGUGGCAGCAGGCCUGUGCUGACCCCACUAAGCUCCCUGACCGUGCCAUGCUCCUGGCCCACCAGAUGACCGCCUCGGGGGGCACCCUGGGGGGCGCCCACCACCCCUCCAAGGGCAACCUGGUCAUUUCGGAGCCCAUCCCCGGGGCUAAGCCCCUCCCUGUGCCUCCUGAGCUGGCAGCACUAAUGGCAGGUGGUCAACAGAGGCUGAUGGGAGCAGGGGAGGGGAUGCUGAACGGAACGACCGGUGCCCACGGGGGAGAAGACUACCAGCGCUGGAUGGAGGGCAAGCGUGUCCAGGCCAGGGAGUCUCCUCAGCCUCACAGGCAGGGCAGCGAGGUGUACUCCAACACCCUCCCUGUCCGCAAGGCUGCCCCCGUCAAGAGCAAGACCGCCCUGGCUGAGAACCGCACCCUGCCCAGGUCCAGCUCCAUGGCGGCUGGCCUGGAGAGGAACGGCCGCACCCGUGUCCAGGCCAUCUUCUCGCACGCCGCCGGCGACAACAGCACCCUGCUGAGCUUCUCAGAGGGUGACGUCAUCACCCUGCUGGUGCCCGAGGCUCGUGACGGCUGGCACUACGGCGAGAACGACAGGAACAGGAUGCGUGGCUGGUUCCCCUUCUCGUACACCCGGGUGAUCCCUGAGAGCAACGGGGACAAACUCAGGGUCAACAGCAGUCUGCAGCACGGGAAGAGCAGCAGCACAGGGAACCUCCUGGACAGAGAGGACGGUGCUCUGGCCAGUCAAGAGUACGCCAUGUCGUCUCGCCUGCUGGCACAGGGCGCCAUGGCAACGCACAGCCGUCAGCAGCGGCCCUACAGCGUGGCAGUGCCGGGGUUCCCACAGCAAAGACUUGAAGAGUAUGAGGGCCACUUCCCCACCAGUUCAACAGAGGGCAAAUUGAUUUCGACAGUGUGAGAGUCCAGACAGACACACAGACUCAGCCUCUGCUCCGAGUGCACAGACACCCCCCCCCC